AUGUGUCCAUGCCAAGUCACCUGCUCACCGUUACAAGUCAGCAUUUUCCGUAGAGUUUCAAGCGAGGGAGCCACAGAAGAGUCGAUGUGUCUAACAGAAGAAAUAGACGGGGGCCGAUUCAGCGGUGGAUUGAGUUGGCAAGUGCCUACCGGAUGUAAAGAUGGUCGUGUGUCACAAGCGUCGGAUGUUAACAACUUGCCUGCACCUACGGACUCUGGUGAUGUUCAAAAACAGAAGUUUACAGCAAAGGGCCUCAACACACAAGACCUCAUUACCCUUGUUGUAUGUGGACAUGAGGACAUACGAGGUACCGCAACAUGCCAAUUCUUCAGCAACAGAUUGUACAACUUCAUCGCAAAUGGCCUUGAUCCUUCCAUUGACCCUUCAUUUGUUCCGCAACUACAAGCAUUCUGCCCUCAAAACAGUGGCGGUAGCAACCGUGUUCCCUUAGAUACUGGAAGCCAACUGAAAUUUGAUACUUCUUACUAUGCUAAUUUGAGGAAUGGACGCGAAAUUCUUGAGUCGGAUGAGGCACUAUGGAAUGAUGCUUCCACAAAUAUGUUUGUGCAGAAAUACUUAGGCCUAAGAGGGAUGCUUGGCUUGUCUUUCAGCCUUGAGUUUGGAAAUUCUAUGGUUAAGAUGGGCAACAUUGGAAUCAAGACUGGUGCUGAUGGUGAGUUCGUAAGAUUUGCAUUGUUUUGCUUUUAA